CAUAAUAAUUCCUGGCCGACCUAAAUUCUUAACCCCGAACCUCGGGGUCGGGGUCGGUCUCAACUCUCGGUGAUUUCCAUAUUUUAUAAAUAUAUGACCAUGGACGGUUUCCGCAAACAAUCCAAGCCAAACGAAUUGUUAUCUAAAUUUACUCCAUUUGUUCUCUCCAUGUCCACCAUGCGCACCUGCUCUAUAUUCCACACCCACUCCUCUUACUUCCGCAAGUCUUACCCGCCAUUUUCGAGAUACCAAAGAAUGGGAGCAGGACGAUUAGCAAAGGUGGCUCUAGUUGGGACGUUAGGAUACCUGGUAUUUAAGGAAAUAUCCCAUUCAGGAUGUCGCUCCAGAACAUGAAUUAGUAGAGUCUGGAAAACACUGGGUUUAGUUAUUAAAGAAAUUCACUUAUUCUUAUAGAAACUCAAAUUAACGCACUGA